AUGGGGAACAAGCACGCCAAGAGGCGCAGCGGCAAGAGCAAGGUUGUAGCAGAUAAUCAGCGACCGCAGCAGCAGAAGCAAGUUCAGCAGCCACAACCCCUAAACGAACAGGAUAAGGGACAGGCUAAGCCAUCCACAGUACAGGAAAAACCUCACAAGGAACUACAUGGAGAUACUGGGAGCCUCCCCGCUCCCACGGCCGGGGAAGUGGAUGGCUGCUCGGCGACUACGGAGACCGCAAGAAACGCCAGCGGUGGGCAACGUGUUCCAGACACCCAGUUGAAUCCACCCCCCGCUGUCAUCAAUGAAGCUGCACGGCAGCCGCCUACUAUGCGCGUUCCGACUACUGCUAGGAAGAGUGAAAACAGCAAUGAGGCCCCGCCGCCGGUAAAUGGGCUACCAACGGAGACUGAGGUACCGGUGGCCACGGGGGCGAGAAGCAUCGAUCAGCAGCCGAUCACACGUGUGGCAGGAGGAGAUGCAACCGAUAGCAACUCGCCUAGCACCCAUCAACCGCUGCAGUCACGACAGCAACACCAACAUCAGCAGCACAACGAACCAAAACAAGCCACUUCUGAAUCAAACGCUGCAGAAGGCGAUGUCAGCAACAACAGUGGCGGACCAUCCGGUGCAGCGUUCGCUGCAACUGCCACGGAUGGCUACGUAUCGUUUUCCGAGUCUGAGGAAUCCGCAAACCUUUCCAUUCCUGCUUUCACCACGCUUCCCGAACAGCAACGCUCCUCGCGAAGCAACACCUCCCAUGAACACGGCAAUCGGGGCGUUGUCGCCGAUGGGCAAGCAGAGCGGCGGCCAUCGGAUGAACAAGCCAAUGUUCUUCCCGGCGGUGAAGGUGGUAACAGCAGCAGUGACGACAAAUGGGACUUUGGUGAGGACAGCGAGGAUGAACCAGAGGCUGAUGGUAUGGAGGUGGCUGCAGGCGACGGGAGGGAUGGGAGCCGACAUAGUGGCCGCAAUGCACACCACGAGCCGCAGCAACACCACCACCCAGCGGCUACACCCGUGUCGGCCGUUAGCGGCCAUAAUGACGGCAGAAACGAUAGUAACGCGGAGGAGAAACAACAGGUCAAAGUGGUUGUCGACAGACUAGGUCGGCGGCAGAACGUCCCCGCGCGAGAUCUGUCCUCUUCAUCGUCUGAAGAUGAGUUUGACGGCUGGGGUGACGACGACGACAACGAUGAAGACGGAGACGAAGAAGAAGGUGAAGACGACACCGACGAGGAUAUUGACGGCAACGUGUACGAUUGGACCGUCAUGGACACAGGAGACGGGUCUCUGGACGGUGAGAUUGGGGAAAUGGACGAUCCGCGGAAACCUUCCGACGGAUCGGUGGGCGACGGCAGCAAGCCAGCAUCGUCCACAGCCAAACCGAGGGCGGAGGCAAACCCCUUAGCGAGUAAGCUCGGGCUCGGCGCUAGUGUGCCUCGUGUCGCCAUGCCUCCGGCGAUGACAGCAGCAGCGGCGCACAUUCCGCUGCAGCAGGGGCCCGGGCGGGGGCAAGGGCCUGGGCGGGGACAGGGGCGGGGCCCCCAUCGAGGACGAGGGUACAAGACCGUUGCCCCCGGGAGGGGGGGACGACCGCGGUACUCGCCGUUGAUGCAGAUGGCAGCAGCUGUCACCAACAACCAUCCCAGGCCAGGGCCAUCGGCACCCAAUGGUGGGAGGGUAGGACCGGGAGCCGGCAGCACGCCUACCGGAACCAGAAACCCCGACAGUGGCGCGGGAGCACCACCGGGCGCCGGCGCCGUAGCUACGACCCAAGUAGCCACCACCGCAACCACCACCGCCGCUCCGUCUUCGCCCAUGAUUCCUCGCGGGGUACGUCACGACAUGUCAGGAGGAGGGGCAGGGGCAGGCCGAGGAAGAGGAGGAGACUUUGUCAGGUCAUCGUCCGGGAUUGCUGGGGGUGAAAGGGGAGACUACCCCACAUCGGCGGCCGCGGCGGGCUACUCAGGAGUUAGACCGGUGACGGCGGCGGCGGCUGCUUCGGCCUCGGCGACGACGGCGUCCGAAGGCACUAUAGCGAAGGCCGCCGGGGGAUCGGCGAGGCCGGCAAGCGGCAGCCCUGGCGCCUCUACGGCCGGUGCGAACAGGUCGACCCGCAGCGGAGCAGCAUCGAGGUCCGGAGAGAUGGCCGCGUCGGUGCCGGCGACGGCGGUGCCUGGGGCUGGGGCGGCGGCUCCCACGGCGUUGCCGAAGGAGAAGGAGGCGGUGAAGGACACGGCCAACAUCACCCGCAAGAAGGCGCAGCUCCCGCAGCAGGAGCAGUUGGAGCACCCCACGCCCGUGGGGGGCAGCUGGCUCAAGAACCGAUACAUCGUCAACAACUACAUCCUUCUGGAGCCGCUGGGCACGGGCAGCUACGCCGAGGUGCGACUAGCGAAAGAAAAGACGUCCAACACGCUGUACGCCGUGAAGAUCAUGAACAAGGAUUUCCUCAAGAAGAGACAGGUGGGCAAGGAAGAAACCUUCAUGGACAGCAUCAAGAGGGAGAUCGCCAUCAUGAAGAAGGUCCACCACCCCAACGUCUUGCGGCUGUAUGAGGUCAUGGACGACCCUAAGGUGAACAAACUGUACCUGGUGCUCGAGUACUGCAAAAAGGGGGACCUCAUGAACAUCCUGAACGGCGACACGAGGACGGUUACUUGCGACCCAAUGAACGAUACCGACGUGUGGUACAUCAUGCGACAGAUUGUGCACGGACUCAGCUUUCUCCACCUGCAGAACAUCGUCCAUGGAGACAUCAAGCCCCAGAACUUACUGGUUGGGUCGGACAACGUCGCCAAGAUCGCCGAUUUUGGCAUCAGCAAGUUCGUGCAGGGAUCCAACCAGCGGCUACAGGAGCAGGCCGGGACGCCGACGUUCAUGUCCCCCGAGCUUUGCUGCGGGGAGGGAUACUCUGGCCAGCUGGCCGACGUGUGGGCGCUGGGGGCGACCAUGUACAUGAUCCGCUGCGGGAAGCCACCUUUCAUGGCCAACCAGGUGAUGGUGCUCUACGAAAAGAUCCAGAACGACCCGCUGGACUUUCCUCCGGAGGUGAACAUGUCGCCCGGCCUUCGGAGGCUGCUGAGGGCCAUGAUGGAGAAGGAUCCGGCGAAACGGAUCAUCCUUGACCAGGUGCUUGCAGAUCGCUGGCUCCAGCAGGGAGACUACGGCCCCGUUCGCACCACCACGGCGGGCGGUGUCCGCACCAACGUCACCACCGGCACCGCCGCCGCCGCCCUCAAUCCGUCCUCUCACGGCAUGCCUCCUGCUGCUUCUCCCAACAUCCCGGGAGGCGGCGAUACCGGCGGCAACACAACCGGCAUCCCUCGGAAUAGAAACAAUAUCAGCAGCAAUGGCGGCCCCGCGAACGGAGGCGGCGGUGGGGCAGGCCUGGGCUUGCGACCCCCGCCCUCUCUGUCCUUCCUGCCCCUAACCGAGCAGGGCUAUCGGGCCAUCAAGGUCAGCGACGACGAGGUACACAAAAGCAUCAAUCAGGGCAUCACCACGGGCGGGAACUCUGGGCCUGGGUCUGCUGCCGGAGGUGGCUCGUCACCCGUCAAGCAGCAGAGAGGUACAACUGCCGCAAACUCUUCGACGCCGCCCAUUUUGGAGGAGUCGGCAGCGACGUCAACGACAACCUCGCCUGCUCUAGCCGGUGGAAGCGAGGGGAACUCCCCUGCUCCGGCCAUCUCACCCUCAGGAGGAGCUGGGAUUGGAGGAGAACGCCGUGGAGAAGGGGGUGGAGGCAGAAACAGCGGCGGUAGCAGCGGCAACAGCAGCAGCAGGGGGCACCUCAGCGAGACUGAAGAGUCCUGGAAGUUCCGCUCGUUCAAGAAGAAAAUAGAAGAAAACGCCUCCGAUCCCAAGUUUCGGGGAGCGGCCAUCGCUUCGCCCGCUGGCGAGGCUCGGCCGCGGCAGCCCCCCGCCGCUCAGAACGGCUCAGCCGGAAGGCCGCCAAACCCCACCACAGAAAAACCCUACCUCUCCUCGACGACGAACACUCCCAAGGCAGCCACAGCAACGGGCGCGACACCGUCGCCGCCCUCGUCCUUGCCCCCGCGCUCGGCAGCGGCGUCGCAGCAGCACCAACCACACAAGCAACAGCAACACGCGCGCGGCCAAGAAGUAACGGCGCCGGCGCCCUCCGGGGACUCGUUUUUCGACAACACCGACGAAGACGACGACGACGACAGCGACGACUUCUCGUCGGAAGACAACCCGGACACCCUCUACGAUGGCAGCGGCACCGUGUCCGCGGCAUCCUCCCGGUCGGCGACGGCCAUGUCCCCAUCGUCCGGUUCGCGGGCGACGAGCUCGGCGGCGGAAGCCGGGCGUGGAGAGCCGAGGCCGUCGGUCGGACAGCACAGGGGCGGCGGCAGCAGCAGCAGCGCGCGGGGUCGCGGCAGGGGUGGGGGGGUGGGGGUGCGGGGCGGUGGCCCGAUGCUUCAGCAUCAGGCAGGCGGGAGGCGUCCUAGCGCGAAGAGGCGGAGCAGCGAGAAGUUCGACGCAGUGAUGGACACGCUCGCGGCGCAGCCGCCGUACAGAGGGGACCGCGGCGUUGGCGCCGCAUCAAGACACGCAGGGCCGGGCGGCACCGGCACCGGCAGCGGCGGCGGCGGCGACGGCGACGACCGGUCACGCACUACAAGUACUUCCGGCAGCGUCCGCCCUUUGAGAGACUUGAGCCUGCGCGGCGUGAAGGUGCGGUCUUCUGCCAGGGGGCCCGCCGCGACUGGUUCGCCGCCGCCGUCCCAGGCGCCGGGGGAGAGCCGCUGCAAUCCGCGACUUGGCCUAGUGGCGGCGGUCUCGCAGCGGCAGGGGAAGCGGGCGAGCCAGGAGGACAGGGCAACGGUGGCGGCGGACCUCGCGACGGCCGUCGCCGGGAAGGUGGACAGGGAGUACCUGUAUCAACACUUCGGUCUUUUCGGAGUUUUCGAUGGCCACAACGGACAGAUGUCCUCGGAAGCGCUCCGCGCCGGCCUGCACGUUGCCGUGGCCAAGCAACCAACCUUUCACCAGGCCCCCGACAAGGCCGUGGUGCAGGCCUUCAACUGCUUCGACAAGGAUCUUUGUGCGCGCCAGGAAAAGGAAGGCGACACGAGCGGGUCGACGGCCCUGGUAGUCGUGUUCGACGGGCGUUCUCGCUCUAUUCUCGUAGCCAACGUCGGGGACUCGCGGUGCGUCGCCAGCUGCGGGGGCGGGGUGGCGGCGCGGCUCUCGAGCGACCACCGCCUGAGCCGCCCGGACGAGAGGGCACGAGUAGUGGCCAGCGGAGGUUUCGUCACGAACGACCGCAUCAACGGGGUGUUGGCCGUUUCGAGGUCGUUUGGCGAUGUGCAGCACAAGGAAGGGAAAUCGCCAGGGUUGACCGCUACUCCCGAGCUGAGAUCAGAACGCGUGGGUUCCUCCACCUUGCCAUCCGGUGGCGGUGGCGGUGGCGGAGGCGGGUCGAUGGAGUUCGUGAUACUCGCCACCGACGGUCUGUGGGAUGUCGUCGAAGAUCAGGAGGCGGUGGACUUCGUUCGGUUGUACCUUUCCGAGAAAAACGGAGAUCUGUCCGGAGCCGCGAGGGAGCUGACCAAGCUGGCGCUAGACCAAGGAUCUGUGGACAACGUUAGCGUGGUGCUGGUGUGGUUCGAAGAGAACGGGGACGAAGGAGCACCACAAGAGCAGCUGGUAUGGCAGACACCGACGGAGGGCCUCGUGUCGUUGGUACGGGAAUCUUCGCGAGACGGCUCUGGGCGCUGCACAUGCACCGAACAGCCACGGGACACCGCGCCAGCAGUGUCCUCGAUAUCUCUAGAACACCCGCACGCAAGAGGAGUGAAAGAAGCAGCCUCAUGCUGGCAUGCUAUAUAG